AAAGUUUAGUCACUUCAGGCCACUGAUGAGGAGGGCUACUAUCUCCUCCUCUUCUUCUUCCUCUUACAUAUUUUACACAGUCUGCAUUUCACAUUUCACAAUAUCUUGGAACUCCAUAAACGCGUGCAUUGAUACUGUUUCCGACUUUUCCCGAUCACCCAUGCUGGGUUUCCCAAUAUUGGCCAGUUCGGUUCGGGUUAUGAGAAAUCCUUUUUGUUGUUGCAUAGCCUUAAGGCACCGCAGGAUUUCCAGCAGCCAGAGAGAACUGCUCCCACUUGAAGAUGGCGGUUGUGAUGCUGUCUGGGACUGGAGCACAGUGCUGGAUCUGCAUAGGACGCUAACUUGAUGGAUAUAAAGACAAUGUUCACUUUUUAUUUUCUCAGUCUUCUGGACUGGACUCUUCUGGGAUUGUGUUAUUAGGGCAUACGCACACUUUCAACACCGGCUGAAAGUGGACUGAAAGUGGUGUUUUCGGGGCCGGGGACAGCUAGACGGCUAGCCAUAGCCUGCGCAUAGCUUGCUAGCUAACACAUUGAUGGUAGUCCAGGGUGGGAGGACAGUGGAUGAAAAUGUCGGAUACCAAGGUAAAAGUUGCAGUCAGAGUCCGACCCAUGAACCGGAGAGAAACGGAACUGCAUACGAAAUGUGUGGUGGAUAUGGAGGAUAACCAAACUGUGCUGCAUCCACCGCCUUCAAACAAUAAAGGAGAAAACAGCAGGAAACAACCCAAGGUGUUUGCCUUUGACCACUGUUUCUGGUCCAUGGAUGAGUCCAACAUGCCCAAGUAUGCUGGUCAAGAGGUGGUGUUCCAGUGCCUUGGUGAGGGAAUACUGGAAAACGCCUUUCAAGGAUACAAUGCCUGCAUUUUCGCCUAUGGACAAACAGGGUCAGGGAAGUCCUUCUCCAUGAUGGGGAAUAAGAAGGCUCCAGGGCUGAUCCCCAGGCUGUGCUGCUCCCUGUUUGAGAGGAUCGGCCGGGAGGACAGCCAGGUUCUCUCCUUCAAGGUGGAGGUCUCCUACAUGGAGAUAUACAACGAGAAGGUCCGUGACCUGCUGGACCCUAAAGGGAGUCGUCAGUCUCUGAAGGUCAGAGAGCACAAGGUUCUGGGUCCGUAUGUGGAUGGCCUGUCACAACUGGCCGUCACCAACUUUGAGGACAUUGAGGUGUUGAUGUCGGAGGGGAAUAAGUCGCGGACGGUGGCGGCCACCAAUAUGAAUGAGGAGAGCAGUCGUUCCCACGCCGUUUUCAGCAUCAUCGUCACACAGACACUCUACGACCUGAAGUCUGGGAACUCAGGGGAGAAGGUGAGCAAGAUGAGCCUGGUGGAUCUGGCUGGUAGUGAGCGUGUGUCUAAAACUGGAGCUGCAGGGGAGAGGCUGAAGGAGGGCAGCAACAUCAACAGGUCUCUUACCACACUGGGCUGUGUGAUCUCUGCGCUGGCGGACCAGUCUGCAGGGAAGGGGGGGAAGAAUAAGUUUGUUCCUUACAGAGACUCUGUCCUCACCUGGCUCCUCAAGGACAACCUGGGUGGCAACAGUAAGACGUGUAUGAUCGCCACGGUGAGCCCAGCAGCUGAUAACUACGAGGAGACGUUGUCCACGCUGCGUUACGCAGACCGCGCCAAGAGGAUCGUCAACCACGCCGUCGUCAAUGAAGACCCCAACGCACGGAUCAUCAGAGAGCUCCGGGAGGAAGUGGAGAAACUCAGAGUACAGCUCUCUCAGGCUGAGUCUCUAAAGGCUCCAGAGCUGAAGGAGAGGCUUCAGGAGUCAGAGAAGCUGAUCCAGGAGAUGACUGUUACCUGGGAGCAGAAACUACGCAACACAGAGGAGAUCGCUACGGAGCGUCAGCAGCAGCUAGAGAGUAUGGGGAUCUCCCUGGAGACGUCUGGGAUCAAAGUUGGAGAGGACAAAUGCUUCCUGGUCAACCUGAACGCAGACCCCGCCCUCAAUGAGCUGCUGGUCUACUACCUAAAGGAACACACGCGUGUGGGUGCAGACACCUCUCAGGACAUCCAGCUGUUUGGGAUUGGUAUCCAGUCAGAACACUGUGUGUUGGAGAUCAGCCCAGACGGAGGGGAGGUCACCCUCACCCCUAUAGAGAAUGCCAGAACCUGUGUGAAUGGAACCAUGACUGAGUCCUUGGUCCACCUGUGGCAUGGAGACCGCAUAUUAUGGGGCAACAACCACUUCUUCAGGAUAAACCUGCGGCGGAAGCGGCGUGAGCGUGUGAAGGAGCUGGAGAGGGAACGUGCAUCCCCAGGGAGAGCUUUGGAGGUAGACGUAGAGACAGCCAGCGAGGCCUCCUCAGAACAGGACUACAGCUAUGAGUUCGCCCAGACGGAGGUCAUGAUGAAGACCCUGGGAAACAACGAUCCCAUGCAGAACGUGGUCCAGGUGUUAGAGAAGCAGUACCUGGAGGAGAAGCGCACGGCGCUGGAGGAACAGAGGAUGAUGUACGAGAGAGAGCUGGAGUCACUACGGCAACAGCUGUCUCCUGAGAGGACCAAUCAGCACCAGCGAUCCAGCAGCGACCGCCUCACCUUCCCCACACACACACCAUCACACCACAGCAAGAUACGCCCCUGGACUGAGGAGAGGGACGAGCUGUUUCGACAGAGUCUGUCCAGGCUGAAGGAGCAGGUUGUGAAGGCAAACACCCUGGUGAGAGAGGCCAACUUCCUGGCAAAGGAGAUGAACAAACUGACUGACUACCAGGUCACCCUCCAGAUCCCUGCAGCUAACCUCAGUGCCAACCGCAAGCGUGGAGCCAUAGUGAGUGAACCAGCCAUCCAGGUGAGGUGGAAAGGCAAGGAGACACAGGUUUGGACCAUCGACAAGCUGGAGAACAAACUAGUGGACAUGAGAGACCACUACAGAGACUGGAAGGAGGGAGCUGAGGACACGAAUACCAAGCUGAACAACCACAAGCAGCACAGUGAGUCCUUCUAUGAAGCUCAGGAGAACCACAACCUGAUAGGAGUGGCCAACGUCUUUCUGGAGUGUCUUUUCCAUGAUAUCAGACUACAGUACGCUGUUCCUAUCAUCAGCCAGCAGGGGGAGGUAGCCGGCAGGCUCCACGUAGAGCUGGUGCGUGUCGGCGGGGCGGUGCCGGAGCGGCUGGAGGGAGGAGAUGACUCAUCAGAGAACUCCAGCGAGAGCAGCAUCUACGAUGUCAUGGACAGUCAGGGAGAGAUGGUCCACAUGGCCAGGAGACUCACCUGCAGGGUGCGUAUCAGGGAGGCCACGGGGCUGCCUGUCAACCUGUCCAACUUCGUCUUCUGCCAGUACACCUUCUGGGAGGGGGCGGAGCCUACAGUGGCCCCGCCCAUGGUCAGCCCAGACACGCCCACCACGCCCCGCACCCCCGACGCCCAGUUCACCGUCCGCUUCGACCACUGCAAGGACUAUGUGAUCCAUGUGACAGAGGAGUUUUUAGAGUUCAUCGCAGACGGGGCGCUGGCCAUCGAGGUGUGGGGUCACCGCUGUGCCGGAAACGGACGCUCUCUCUGGGAGCUGGACGCACUGCUGGCCAAGACACGCACACUACGAGACAGGUGGAGUGAGGUGUCUCGUCGUAUUGAGCUGUGGGUUUCUAUCCAGGAGCUGAAUGAGCAGGGGGACUACUCUGAUGUAGAGAUGCAGCCUGGGAAGGACAUCGGGACUGGAGGAGUGUUCCAGCUCAGACAGGGUCACUCGCGCAGGCUGCAGGUGUGUGUGAAGCAGGUGCAGGACUCUGGGACUCUGCCUCUGCUGGUGGAGGCUGUUCUGUCUGUCUCUAUCGGCUGUGUGUCAGCACGCUCCACCAAGCUACAGAGACCCCUGGACAGCUACCAGAGGGAGGAAGAGGAUGGAGAUAUGGAUAGUUAUCAGGAGGAGGACCUGAACUGUGUGAGGGACCGCUGGUCUGAGGCCCUCAUCAAACGACGAGAGUACCUGGACGAGCAGAUCAACAAGAUCAUCAACAAACAGGAGAAGUCAGAAGAGGACAUGGAGAGAGAGGCCAGGCUGGUGGAACAGUGGGUAGGGCUGACUGAGGAAAGGAACGCUGUACUGGUGCCUGCGCCUGGCAGUGGAAUACCUGGUGCCCCUGCUCACUGGGCUCCCUCUGCUGGGAUGGAAGCUCACAUCCCUGUCCUCUUCCUGGACCUGAAUGCAGACAACCUGACAGUGAAUCAACAGUUAACAGGACCCAACGCUGCCGGGGUUAACUCUAUCCUACCCAAAGAGCACGGCAGCCAGUUCUUCUACCUGCCAAUCAUCAGACACAGUGAUGACGAGGUGUCAGCGGUGUGCUCCUGGGACUCAUCCAUCCACGACUCUGUGCACCUGAACCGCGUGACGUCACCCAACGAGCGUAUCUACGUGAUCGUUAAAUCCACGGUGCAGCUCAGCCAUCCUGCCUCCAUGGAACUGGUGGUCCGCAAGAGGAUCUCUGUUAACAUCUACAACAAACAGAGCUUCACCCAGAGUCUGAAGAGAAGGAUGUCCUUGAAGAACACACUGUACUCCUGUGGAGUCACCUAUGAGAUCCUGUCUAAUAUACCAAAGGCGUCUGAGGAGCCUGAGGAGAGAGAGACUCUGGCCCUCAUAGCAGCGAGGGGAGACGGUGAGGAGAGUCAGGGUGGACAGACCUACAUAGAGCAAUACACCAGAGGACUUCUGGAGGUGGAGAAUAUACUGAGCCUGGAGAGACUCAGACAGGCGGUGACGGUGAAGGAAGCUCUGUCUGUUAAAGGGAGAAACAUCAGAAGGAGCUUCAGCACCCCCAAUGUACAGCAUACUUCCUGCAGCAAAACAGACCUGAUUGGCUGGGAGGAUGUAGACUGGAAGGACCAUUGUGACCUUCAUCAGGAUGUCUCUGACUGUACUCCCCAGGACGGAGGUUCUCUGUGUGGGACGCCACUCAAAAACAAGACAGAGAAUCACGGUCUGGUACCAGAGAGCCCCACCUUCUUCAACUCCAGCCCGUUCAAGGCCCUCUCUCCCCAGACGCCCAAGUUCCUCAAGUCUCUGCUGCCGGUCAGAGAGGAGAGCAAGACCAAGAGAGUCCUGGAGGCACGACCACUCCUGGGACAGGAGGACUCUGAGGAAGAGACAGACAUGGUCCUGAGUUUGGGCCUGGGCUCUCAGGACUUCCACAGCUUCCAGUCCUACAUCCCAGAGGACUUUGCCAACUUUGAGGUGUACAACGCUACACUGGAGAGCCAGGAGGUGGGGGUUGGUGUGGCGGGGGUCAGGGGAGAGCUGAGGGGGGGUCGGGGAGGUGGUGGAGGGGGGGAUAGAGAGGGGGCUCCACGGAGCCCCACCGCCAGCAGCUGCACCAGCGGUUACUUCUCCCACAGUGCCUCGGACGCCACGCUCUCUGACGUGCCAUUCGGCGGCAGCGACAGCUCCGACCAGCUCAGCGCCUCCGCACUGGCUCAAGACAGACAUGACCCUGACCGGGAAACCCACAAUCUGCACCCCCACGAGUCCCCCUCCUUCCACUGCACCAGCACGGGCCGAAGCUGCGCCCAGACCAGAAGUGCCUCGCCGUGCGGUGACACCCAGACCCCUGCAUGUCCCCCUGGCGUCCCCUCCCAGCCCCUCCCCACCCCCCAAACCACCACCUCCCCCUCCUCCCCUGUCAGUAUUCCUAACUGCUCAGAGCAGCCACCCUCACCGUGGCCCCGCAGGUGUGUCCUCAGCGUCAGCCAGGAGUUUACAGACUUCAAGGGGGCCGAUGACGGCAUGGAGGAUCUGGGUGAGCUGGGACACUUCCAGCCUGGGGAUGCAGCACACAUAUCCCCUGUCCCAGCGGAGGAGGAGAAAGAGUGCUCUGGCAGCAGGGACCAGACCUCUGACAAAUCCCUGGUCGUCAUCAACCCACAACAACAACAACGUUCAUCUCACCUCCCUCAGCCCCACUCACACCUCCACAACGGCAAACAGUGUGUCGGCAGCGUAGCCGUGCCCUGCCCACCCCCCUCCAUCCCCCCAGGCCAGCUAGCAGGAGGAGAGCCCCAGGUCCAGGAGCCAAUCCAGGGAGACCUACCUCCAGGGAGCCCCUGUCCCAGCCCAAGCUGCCCCAGCCCCAACCCCAGCAGCACUGAGGCCUCUGGGGACUCCUGCAGUGGGGACGAGGGCUCUGGUUCUCCCGUGGCCCAGCUGCCUGACUGGAUGGCUCCCGGGGAGCAGGUGUGGGUGGGGAAGAGGAGCGGCACGGUGCACUACGUCGGCGGGGUGGAGUUCGCCAAGGGGAUCUGGGUCGGGGUGCAGCUGGACCUGGCUGUGGGCAAGCACAACGGGACAGUCCAGGAGAGGGUUUACUUCCGCUGUCCUCCAGGCCACGGGGUGUUCGUCAAGCCCUCCUGUCUCACUAGAGGACCCCCCUCCAUGGACACCACAGACCCCCAGCCUCUGGUCCGAUAAAAUUCACUAAACUCCCCAAAUUCCCAGUCUUUCCAGGAAUCCCAGUUGGAAUAUUCCCAGAAUCAGGAGGGAAUAAGAAGGAACUCAUACCAGCAUUUCUGGAAAACCUGGGAAUUUGAGGAAAGUGACUUUCCACCCAGGACUAUCAUCUAAAGGGGGUCCCCAGAUCCAGAACAGUUCCUACUAGACCAGGCCCAGAUCCAGAACAGUUCCUACUAGACCAGGCCCAGAUCCAGAACAGUUCCUACUAGACCAGGCCCAGAUCCUGA